AUGCUAUCCACCAAAGACGGCCAGUCCGAUCUGGGACCAGCUGACAAAGUGGUGAAUAUUGCACUUGUAUCGGCUGAAAAUGCUGCACUAGAAAAUGAGGGAUUAUUCUCCGACGAUGAUCUCCCACCCCGCGAUCGUGGGAGGGCGGCAUGGACGAGCCUCGUCGCUGUGUCAGCCAUCGCUAUGGCUACUUGGGGCUUUGGAGCUACUCAAGGUGUUUUCCGAGAAUACUACUUCAAGACGCCUCCUUUCGAAGGAGACCAGUUAGUAGCUUCCACAGGUCUACUAGUAGUCGGCCUCCUUCAAACCCUUCCGCCAUUUCUUCUCAAAUUAAUCUUCACGUACCCUUCUUACAGGAUUUAUAUGAUGUGGAGUGGCAUGGUUCUGGUGGUGGCAUCUUCCAUCGGUGCUGCCUUUUCCACAUCUGCAGUCCAGGUUAUCAUGACUCAGGGACUCAUGUAUGGUCUAUCCAGUGGCCUACUAUUUGCGCCAUGUCUAACAUUCGUGGAUGAAUGGUUUCUAAAACGACGUGGUCUUGCCAAUGGCAUCUUCUUCGGCGCACCCAACAUUGCUGCUGCAGGUCUUUCGCCCGUGUUUUCUCUUCUUCUCAAGCGCUUUGGUCGUCGAAUCACCCUCAUAGGAUGGGCUGUAUUCACAGCUAUCAUCAUUUCCCUCGGCAUCAUCUGCGUUCGCCCCCGACGUGACAGAAAGGCAGAGGUAGCGGCAGCGUCUCAGCAGUUGUCCUCAAUGAAGCGAAUAUCCAAGAAGCCAGUAUUCUGGUUGUUCGUCGUUUCCAUGACACUUCAAAGUCUGGCGAAUAACUUACCUGCCAACUAUCUCCCCAGCUUUGCGACUGAUCUUGGUGCUUCGCCUGAAAAGGGCGCCUUGUUGGUCACAUUCUUAUCCCUUUUUGGUAUUAUCGGCCAGAUAUCAAUUGGUGCCCUAACGGACGCGAUCGGGCCUUUGGUGCCAAUGCUGAUGAGUACCCUUGUCAGCAGUUUCGCCGUAUUUGUCGUUUGGGGUCUCGGAAAGUAUUACUGGAACAUGGUCGUCACAUCCAUACUAUUUGGCGCAUUUGCUUUCAGCUUUAUGGUCUUACGCAGUCAUAUGGCUGCAGUAGUUGUUGACGACCCCAGUCGCCCAAGCGAGGAAUUGUUCGUGUCUGGAAUUCUUCUCUUCAUCCGUGGAGUCAUUGGAGUUGCUUCGGGAUACAUAGCUGCAGCUGUCCUGCAGAACAGUGACCAUACUGGAGUUCAGCCCGGAUAUGGUGCUGGGAAAUGGCGUGAUUUAAUCAUUCUUGUUGGCACUACGAUGACUGCAGCGACCGUUGGGGCAUUUGGUCUGUGGAAAAGAAGAAGGUGA